GCGAAGGAGACAGUGCGCCUACCUGCGCCGUGGAUUCAUCUCGUCUGGCUUCCGUCAACGCGGUCUCGCUUGUCCGGACACUUGCAAUAUAUAUAUAUAUAUCUGAAGAAGUGUGUUCCAUCCACGGUAUUUCGCUCCGAAACCCCGCUGUCGUCGGCGAUGCAUUUCGGCCACAACAACAACAAGGAGGCGGUGAGUCGGUGCACGAUGAGCGGAGACGAGGGAGGCUGCGGUCUGAAAAGCACGCUCUGAAUAUUCUUCAAACAAACUCCCUUUUCUGAUUUUUUUUCCCCCCAAAAAAUGUCAGCAGUGAAGAUUUAGGAGUACUUUCGUGCCGUUGUUCGCCCGGGACUAUUUUUUUUUUGGAAGGAGGAUAGCGCACAGCAGCGUGCACGUUAUGCAGACAUGGAGCGUGAAGAUGCGGAUUACGGAGGAAUCCCCGCCGCUUGUUUAUUAGUCCGCACGGUUCCAGCGCCUUCGUCUACACCGGGCUUGUGAAGAGUGGAGCAUGUGGACAUUUUUAUCCGAGGUUGGGUGUUAAAAGCGCGGCUUUUCGGCGAGCUAACCGCGCUAGCUUGUGUGUGCUAGCCAUUAGCCUCAUUAGCUAACGGCUACAAGGCGCUGGCCGAACAUUUUUAAAGGCAUCUUUUUUUUUUUCUUUUUUUUUUUACCCCAACAAAGGGAGAGGAAAAAAAACCCUGUUUCAACGGACCACGGCCGUGUUUGUUCACAGGCGUCGGGAGGAUUUAACUCCCCCAGGAAUGUGGGCUCCGAUGGAAGGAAGGAGCCGCUUGACCUUGUUUUGGGGUCUGAUGCUGGCGGGGGCGUGCUGCCUCCGGCCCGCCGCCGCAGAGAUUUGCGGCCCGGGCAUCGACAUCGGCAAUGACAUCAACGAAUUUCGGAGUUUGGAGAACUGCACUGUCGUGGAGGGCUACUUGCAGAUUCUCCUCAUCACCGAAAAGAACAACAACCUGGAUGUCUUGCGCUCCCUCACCUUCCCCAAGCUGACCAUGAUCACCGACUACCUGCUCCUCUUCCGGGUGUCCGGCCUGUACAGUCUGAGCACGCUGUUCCCCAACCUCACGGUGAUCCGCGGCCGCAACCUCUUCUAUAACUACGCCCUGGUCAUCUUCGAGAACAUCAGCCUGAAGGACAUCGGCCUGUACAACCUGCGGAACAUCACCCGAGGCGCCAUCCGUAUCGAGAAGAACCCAGAACUGUGCUACCUGGACUCCAUCGACUGGUCGCUCAUCAUGGACGCCGAGUUCAACAACUUCAUCGCCGAAAACAAGCAGUCCAAGGAGUGCAGCGACGUGUGUCCGGGCAUCAUGGAGAACAACCCGCAGUGCAGGAAGACCAUGUUCAAAAACAACUACAACUACCGCUGCUGGAACUCCAACCACUGCCAGAAAGAGUGCCCGGUGAAGUGUGAGCGGCGGGCGUGCACGACGGGGGGCGAGUGCUGCCACCCUCAGUGCCUGGGCAGCUGCAGCGUCCCGGGAGACGACACAGCCUGCGCCACGUGCGUGCACUACUACCACCAGGGCCGCUGUGUUGCCGACUGCCCCGCCGGCACCUACAAGUUUGAGGGCUGGCGUUGCAUCAGCGCCGAGCUCUGCUCCAAGGUCCACCUGCCCGACUACGACAGCUUCGUCAUCCAUGAGGGAGAGUGCAUGACCGAGUGUCCCUCUGGGUACACGCGGCCCUCGCUCGACAGCAUGUCCUGCACAGCCUGCGACGGCCUGUGCGAUAAAGUGUGCGAGGAGAAGGUCAUCGACUCCAUGGACGCCGCUCAGUCCCUGAAAGGCUGCACGGUUAUCAAAGGCAACCUGCAUAUCAACAUCCGCAGAGGCCACAACAUGGUGGCAGAGCUGGAGAGUUUCACAGGUUUGAUCCAGAGAGUGACGGGCUACGUGAAGAUCGGACACUCGCACACUCUCAGCUCGCUGGCCUUCCUCCGCAGCCUACGAUACAUCGAUGGCGAGGAACUUCUAGAUGACAUGUACGCCUUCUCCGCCUUCGACAACCAGCAGCUCCAGUAUCUGUGGGACUGGAAGCAGCACAACCUCACCAUCAAGACCGGGAAGCUCUUCUUCCGCGCCAACCCCAAGCUGUGCGUGUCCGAGAUCCAGAAGAUGUGGGAGAAGACGGGCAUCCGGGAGCGCUUCGACGAGAGCGAUUACCGCAACAACGGCGACCGAGCCAGCUGCGAGAGCACCAUCCUGCAGUUCAAGUCCAACCUGACCAGCAGCACCAGGAUCAAGCUGACCUGGCAGCGCUACCGCCCUCGAGACUACAGAGACCUCAUCAGUUUCAUCCUCUACUACAAAGAGGCGCCUUACCAGAACAUCACCGAGUUCGAGGGCCAGGACGGCUGCGGCUCCAACAGCUGGAACAUGGUGGACGUGGAGCUGCACCAGGACAGGGACUCGGACCCCGGCGUGCUGCUGUCCGGCCUGAAGCCGUGGACGCAGUACGCCGUGUUCGUCAAGGCCAUCACGCUCAUGGUAGAUGACAAGCAGGUGCCCAGCGCCAAGAGCAAGGUGGUCUACAUCCGCACCAGCCCCUCAGCACCCUCCAUGCCUCAGGACGUGCGAGCCUACUCUAACUCCUCCACCCAGCUGGUGGUGCGCUGGAUGCCCCCUCUCUCCCCCAACGGCAACCAAACCUACUACCUGGUCCGCUGGCAGCAGCAGGCCGAAGACCGAGAACUGUACCAGCACAACUACUGCUCCAAAGAGCUGAAGAUCCCUGUAAGGAUUGCAGCUGUCGGCGUGGGAGACCAGGAGGAAGACACCAAACCCACAAAGUUGGACACCGAAGGCGCAGAUAAAGGCCACUGCUGCCCUUGCCCAAUGUCAGUGGAAGACCAGGAAGCUGAGGCCGCGGAUGCCUCCUACCGGAAAGUCUUUGAGAACUUCUUGCACAACUCUAUCUUCACACCAAGGCCACCGGAUCGUCGCCGCCGAGAUCUGUUCAGCAUCGCCAACGCCACCCACUCUCGCCGGCACCGGCCGCACGGCAACAGCAGCACCACUCCUCCCCUGCAGGCCGCGGUCAACGGCAGCGGCGUCGAGUCGGACCGGACGGAGCGCGAGUUCGAGUUCCUGGAGCGCGCGGUGACCGAGCGCGAGCUGCAGAUUUUCGGCCUGCAGCCGUUCACCGUUUACCGCAUCGACGUCCACGCCUGCAACAGCCAGGUGCAGCGCUGCAGCGCCGCUGAGUUUGUCUUUUCCAGAACCAAGCCUGCAGAAAAGGCAGAUGACAUUCCAGGCGCGGUGACCUGGGAGGGCCACGAGGACUUUGUGUUCCUGCGCUGGCCGGAACCGUCUCACCCCAACGGCCUCACCCUCAUGUACGAGAUCAAGUUCAAACUGGGUUCUGAGACUGAGAAGCACGAGUGCGUUUCGGGUCAAAUGUACCAAGGCCAGCGGGGUGUCCGUCUGUCCAACCUGAGUCCAGGAAACUACUCGGUGAGGGUGCGAGCUACGUCGCUGGCCGGUAACGGAUCCUGGACACACCCGGUGGAUGUCUACGUGGCAGAACGAUAUGAAAAAGUCCUCUAUGCUUUCAUAUUGGCCCCCAUCACCUUCAUCCUGCUUAUCUGCCUGGGGGUCGGAGCUCUCUUCGCCUUGAACAGGAAAAGAAACAGCGAUCGGCUUGGAAACGGUGUGCUGUAUGCGUCCGUCAACCCUGAAUACUUCAGUGCGGCUGAAAUGUAUGUGCCCGACGAGUGGGAGGUGGCGCGGGAGAAGAUCGUCCUCAACCGCGAGCUCGGCCAAGGCUCUUUCGGCAUGGUCUACGAGGGCCUGGCCAAAGGUGUGGUCAAAGACGAACCGGAGACCCGCGUGGCCAUUAAGACGGUCAACGAGUCAGCGAGCAUGAGGGAGCGCAUCGAGUUCCUCAACGAGGCCUCCGUCAUGAAGGAGUUCAACUGUCACCAUGUGGUUCGCCUUUUGGGAGUGGUGUCCCAGGGCCAGCCCACUCUUGUCAUCAUGGAGCUGAUGACCCGAGGAGAUCUCAAGAGCUACUUGCGCUCCCUCCGACCUAAAGAGCAACAGUGGUCCAGUUUGUCCCUGCCGCCCCUGAAGAAAAUGCUCCAGAUGGCGGGCCAGAUUGCAGACGGCAUGGCGUACCUCAACGCCAACAAGUUUGUGCACAGAGAUCUGGCGGCCCGCAACUGCAUGGUGGCCGAGGACUUUACCGUCAAGAUAGGAGACUUCGGCAUGACCCGAGACAUCUACGAGACCGAUUACUACCGCAAAGGUGGGAAGGGUUUGCUACCCGUCCGAUGGAUGUCACCCGAGUCUCUGAAGGACGGCGUGUUCACCACUAACUCCGACGUCUGGUCGUUCGGGGUGGUGUUGUGGGAGAUAGCCACGCUGGCUGAGCAGCCCUACCAGGGGCUGUCCAACGAGCAGGUGCUCCGUUUCGUCAUGGAAGGAGGCCUGCUGGAGAAGCCGCAAAACUGUCCUGAUCUGCUGUUCGAGCUGAUGCGGAUGUGCUGGCAGUACAACCCCAAGAUGCGACCGUCCUUCGUGGAGAUCAUAAGCAGCAUCAAGGACGAGCUGGAGCCCUCUUUCGCCGAGGUCAGUUUCUUCUUCAGCGCCGACAACAAGCCGGCCGACGCCCCCCCGCCGCCGCACAUGGAGGAGGUCCCCUUGGACACGCCCUCUUCCGCACAACCGCAGCAGGCGCCGGGCACGCUGCCGACGCCGCCCUCCCCGAGCUCGCAGCCUCAACCCGGGCCCUCGCUAGCCCCCGGCUCGCCCUCUUCCACGCCCUGCACGUCGGCAGGCGUCACGGACAAGGAGCCCUCCGGACACCAGCCGGCCAAUGGCCUCUCGGCGACGGCGGCGGCAGCGGCGGGGCCACCCAACGGGACGGGCUCCGUAAUCACCAUGCAACAAUCUCUGGACGAACUGCCGGCGUACGCUCACAUGAACGGGGGGCGUAAAAACGAGCGCACCAUGCCCCUUCCUCAGUCAUCCGCCUGCUGAUUGGACGUCACCGGACUGCAAAAGGGUAUUAUUUUUUUCCUUUUUUUUUUUUAAAGAUGGGUGAAGCUUCCUGGAGAGGAGCAAAGACUCAUGGGAAGGAAAAACCAGUCAAGUGGUCCAUGUUUUUUCUGCUGUAACUUCCACACAUUUUCAUUUCCACCAGCCGCUGUCAAGAUGCAACACUGCCCCCUGCUGCUGAGUCGUAAAACGAGGGACGUCGCCUGCAAAGCUUUGUUACUUUUUUUUUUUAAACUGUAGAAAAAAAAGAAUGAAGCAUUUAUAAAAGACCAUUUCGGGCGGGCAUUACGUCACAAACGGAAAAGAAGCACUUAAAGAAGUCCGCCAAGCAGAGGGAAGUUUUUUCGUUUUUGGAAUAUUCUUCGCUCUGCUCUACAUUUUUUUCCACAGCUACUUUCUACAUAAAACAAACAAAAACAAAAAAAUCAAAAAUCAACUUUAUCUGAGCCACAACUCGUCACAAAGUGCUGUUUUUUCGUGGUUUCACCGCCAAUUCAAGCAGGAGUAGAAGAAAAAGAACUGAAGAGGACCGAGCGAGCAGCCGGGCGUCAUUGUUGUAAUUAUUAUUAUUUUUUAGAUCAUACAUUUACAACAUCUCCGCAAGCAAGCAAGAGCAUUUACGCCAAUUGUUUGUCACUUUUUCUACCUUUUUAUACGGUCGGAGAUCUUGUACAGAAGAAGAAGAAAAAAGCUGCUAUUCCUUAUUAUUUCUCUCGUGGUUGUAAUAUAGAGGAUUUAUCUAUACAAAUAUAUAUAUAUAUAAAUAUAUAUAUAAAUAUGAAGAGACCUUCAGGUUGAAUCUAAGAGUGUUUUCACUGCAGUUUCCUAUUAUUUUUGUUAUUAUUUUUGACGACCAUAAUUGUUGACUGAGCUGGUUUCAAAGAGGUACGUACGGCCCGCCGGUUGUUUAUAAAUCCGAUAACUCCCCAUAACACCAUAUAGUAACGUCAGAUGCCCCCCCCUAAUUAAAUCUCAGGUCAAAAGUGGGAAAGUUGCAUGGUUAUUUAUUAUUCAAUUUGUAUUUAGUUAUGCGCAACUGUCGGAUUGUUAAUUGUCGUCGACAUUAUUCAUGUUAAAUAUAUCUUUGAUUGCAAUUUGUUGAUAAUAAUACCUAGCUUUAAUUCACCCGGCCCUUCAAUCAAACAACACACCAUUUAUUGGUGAAUCGUCCUCAAAAACCGAUCACCGCAAUACAUUUUUCAGACGGUACCGCUACGUCUUUCCGUCAAUGCUCGUUUUUGUAGCGCUAAAAAACCCAACUUUGUGAACACACUACAUUUCAAAGCGACCCUUCCAAGUCGCAGAUUGCUACAGCUGACACUAAACGCGAAAGUGGCUAUUAUCUGGCAGGUCAAAAACUGGGGAAUAUUAGCGCUGCGGGAAAAAAAAAAAAGCACUAUUUUCUUUACGGAGUAUGGUACAUAUUGCUAAUCAUCCCGCUAACUGACUCUGUGUUGUUUUUGCGACGUUAUGACUUCGAACAAUUGUUGAGAAUUUAUUUAUUUAUAUGUCUACCCCCGUCACACCUGAAGACGUUUACUGACAAAAUGUGGUUUUGCCUGAAAAAAAAAAAAAUCCACAUUUGGACUACCCAGACCAGUUUUGCGGUUAUUUAUGUUAGUUGUUUUUGUCAUAAAGUGUAAAUCACUGUACAAAAUACCCUAAUGAGGUUUUUUUUUAGGUACAUUUAUGAUGUGUUGUUUUUUUUUUGCUACUUUGGGAAGGGAAGGUUUGUGCUUUUUUUUUUUGUUCGACCAGCCAUCUACCUCAUUGUUUUUUUUUUCUUUGUUUUUGUUAUGAUGCGUACUGGAUUUCAAAACAUUUUUGUUUAAUGAGGAGCUUUAGAGGGCCGACGUCAAACCGCCAAGCAAAUCCAUCCUACUCCAAGCACAGAAACAUGGGAUUGUAUUUCAUAAUCUACCCAUUUGUUUGAUUCUUUACUCUUCCAAGUAAUCCGCUUGACCGCUUCUGACAAUUUUUGCGAAAUUGUGAAAAUUCUAAGUUUGAAAAGUAAUGUAAUUGAAGUUUGGAAUCAAUAUGAGGAACUAUUGGGGAAGGAAGAAAAACUUGGAACUAUGGCAUCAAGCAAUUUUUUGUUUUACAGGGCAAAAAAGUCAUUUUAAGAUUAAAAAAACUUAGAUAUGACAAGAAUAAAGUCCUAAUUUGAUCAUCUGAACGUCGCAAAAAAUACACCGCUUUAUUUGCGUACUCUAUAAAACCUUUUUGUCAAUCAGUGUUUAUUCACAUUUCGUUAUUUUCUGACUUUUUUAUUAUAAAAAAACAUCUCCCCCGAAAUCAUUCAGCCUGUUAUGUAACAUUAAACCUUCAUAACGACACUGUUAUUCAUGUAACGUUACAAAUUUUCUUUUCGUAACAGGUUUUUUUUUUUUUUUUUUUUUUACACUUUUUCUUGUAACAUAUGAAGACAUGGUCUUCACAGCAACAUUACUGUCUCUCUAACGUUUAUCUUAAUAUUUGAAUGACUUUUUCUUGUAUCAUUAGGGCUUUCUCUUUUUCCCAGUAACUUAAAAAUGACUUAUUUCUAAUACGGCAACUUGUUUCUUAAAAUGUCGAUUUCAUAUGAUAAAUUCCCUGUAAUAUUCCAAUAUUAUUCUUGUGGAUUUCUUUCUGGUGAUAUUUCCGCUUGAUACUUUUUCACUUGAUAUUACGACUUUAUUAUAGUAAUAUUGAGACUUUUUCUUGUACCAUUACCACUUAUUUCCCAUAAAAAUACGACUUUAUUCACAAAAUAAGCAUUUUUUUCACUCAAUAUUUCAACUUUAUUCUUUUAUAAAUAACAUGAACUAAUCCUAAAAGAUCUGGAAUUUUUCUUUCUUCCAAUAUUGCGACUUUAUCCCUGAAACAUCACCAUUUUAUUUCUUAUAUUCCAACU